AUGGCAGUGAGCAUCAGUACCGGCGCUUCGACUUCGAUUUCAGCCGCGCCGGUACCUCACGCGCCGCCCGCAUGGACUUUCGAACCAGGGCGAGAGUCUUUGCUCGCGAUCGCCGUGGUCGUCCUCUCGCUCACGCUCUCCCAUCUCGUCCAGCGUGUCAAGACUCGGCGUCUCAUCCGGAAGCGCAACAACUAUCCUGUUGACACACCAUCGAACGCACUUCAAUCGUCUCGGCCAGAGGCGCCUCGAUUAACCUUGAUCAGAGCGGUCAAAGCGCGGACCAGUACCCUGCUGUACCUCUACAUCAUUCCAUCCUGGCUGUACGCGCCCGAGACGAUCGCAGACGCAAUAUGGACCGGUGUGUACUGCGUAAUGAUGCUGUUCUGCUCGAUAUGGCAGUGUCCAAUAUCAGGUACGAUCCUUCCUCCUCUGACUAACCUUCAGGCAUACGCCCAAACACCCAUCAUCUUCCUCCUCGCCGUCAAGAACAACCCCCUCUCUCCUCUUACCGGUAUCACCUAUCAAAAGCUCAACUAUCUCCAUCGAGCCUCAGCCAGGGCGUGCAUCGUAUUCGCCUGGCUUCAUGCUGUGCUGUGGUUCUUACCUGUACUGUGCGCGGGGCAUCUGUUUCGGUGGUACAUUAUCUGGGGCACUGUCGCUCUAUUAGGCUUUACCGGUCUAUGGGGUACGAGCGUCCGCUCCCUCCGCCGGAGAUCGUUCGAAUUCUUCCUCGUCACCCAUAUCCUGUUCAGCGCGGCAUUCAUUCUCGGCGCUAUCCUCCACUGGCCACUCCAAGCAUACUGGAUAUGGCCCGCUCUGGCUAUAUGGUCUCUCGACCGCCUGAUCCGACUCGCCCGUCUCGCCUAUAUCAACCGGUCCCAUCUCAGGCGAGGCGGAGCGCUCAUCAAGGACUGCACGAUCGAGAUUGUCUCGCGGGAUGUCUUGCGCGUGACGGUCAUCCGGCCCGGCCUGAAGUGGAAAGCGGGACAACACUUCUUCCUCUCCUCCCCUGCUACCGGCGGAUCAAUCCACGAGUCCCACCCAUUCAGCAUAUCCAACCUCCCCUCACCCUCCGGAUCCGGUUCCGGCGACGUCAUCUUCCUCAUUCGAGCGCAUAAUGGCUUCACCCGUCGACUCCUCCUCUCUGCCCCGUCCCAACCCUCGCUGCUCCUCGAAGGCCCAUACGGCCACUCACACCCCCUCAGUCAUUACUCGUCCUUACUCUUCAUAUCCGGCGGGACAGGCGUUACAUUCACGCUAUCCCAUUUCCUUUCCGUCCUCUCUGCCAUCCGGACCGGGAAGGGGAUAGCGAGGAGGGUCAAGCUGGUUUGGCACGUCCGGCACGCGGAGGAUAUCUCGUGGAUCACGCCGAUCCUCGAUGAGGCACUGGCGGAGACG